UUUCCUAAACCCACUGUGUGGUUCCUCUUCCCAACCUGUCCGCAGUACCGUCCGUCCGUUCAGCGCAGCUUGGAACCGUCCAGAGCAACAUGCAGGAUGGCGAGCGUGGAGACAGCAGCCGAACACGAACGCAUCCUGCGGGAAAUCGAGAGCACGGACACCAACUGCAUCGGGCCGACACUCCGGUCGGUGUACGACGGUCAGGAACAUGGCCUCUUCAUGGAGAAGCUCGACGCUCGGAUCAGGAACCACGACAGAGAGAUUGAGAAGAUGUGCAACCAUCACUUCCAGGGUUUCGUCGACUCCAUUACUGAGCUGCUCAAAGUCCGAGGAGAGGCCCAGAAGCUGAAGAGUCAGGUGACUGAAACCAACGUACGACUUCAGGAAGAUGGGAAAGUGCUCAUCGGUUCGAUGGAGGAGCUGAAACAGUGCCGCGUGCAGCAGAGGAACAUCGCCACCACCAUAGACAAGCUGGCUCACUGCCUGCCAGUUCUGGAGAUGUACAGCCGACUGCAGGAGCAAAUGAGAGCCAAAAGGUACUACCCUGCGUUACGGACUUUAGAGCAACUGGAACACACGUGUCUCCCCAGAGCCGGCCAGUACCGGUUCUGCUCCAUCAUGGCUGAGAACAUCCCCAAGCUGAGGACGCACAUCCGGGACACGGCCAUGACGCAGCUGCGAGACUUCCUGGAGAGCAUCCGCAAACACUCGGACAAGAUCGGAGAGACGGCCAUCAAACAGGCUCAGCUGCAGCGCUCGCUGGACAGCUCCGUCACCCUGCAGCCCAGAGCUCUGAUUGGCCGGCGCGGCAGGAAGGAGGCGGCGGUGGUAACAGAGGGCAGCGGAGAGGGCGGCAGUCCCCUGUCUGAACAGGACUCUAGCAUUCUGGACGUGGAGGAUGAAGAGGAGGAAGAUGUCCCAGGAGCUCAGGAUCUGGUGGAUUUCUCCCCAGUGUACCGCUGCCUCCAUAUCUACACUGUGCUGGGUUUGCGUGAUGUGUUUGAGAACUACUACAGAAAGCAGAGGAGGAAACAAGCUCGCCUCGUACUGCAGCCGCACUCUAACAUGCAUGAAACCCUGGAGGGAUACAGGAGGUACUUCAAUCAGAUUGUCGGCUUCUUUGUCGUGGAGGACCACAUCCUUCACACCACCCAGGGGUUGGUCAACAAAGCCUACGUGGAGGAGCUCUGGGAGUUGGCUUUGUCUAAAAUUGUCGCUGCCUUGAGGACGCACUCUUCGUACUGUGACGACCCGGACCUGGUUCUGGAUCUGAAGAACCUCAUCGUCCUGUUUGCCGACACUUUGCAGGGUUAUGGUUUCCCCGUUUCCCAGCUGUUUGACAUGCUACUGGAAAUGAGGGAGCAGUACGGAGAAAUCCUGCUGAAGCGAUGGAACAUCACUUUCAGGCAGAUUCUGGACCAGGACAACUUCAGUCCAAUCCCAGUUUCUACAGAGCAGGAAUACAGACAGUACACGUCUCAAUUUCCCCUCCAAGACCCGGAACUGGAAAAGCUUAGCUUCCCCAAGAAGCUUCCCUUCUCUGAGUUUGUGCCAAAAGCCUACUGCCAGCUGAAAGAGUUCAUCUAUGCUUGCCUGAAAUACUCUGAGGAUCUUCAUCUCAGUUCCACAGAGAUCGACGACAUGAUCCGCAAGUCGACGAAUCUGCUGUUGACCCGAACCCUCAGUAACUGCCUUCAGUACGCCAUUAAGAAAAACGUGGGCCUGGCAGAGUUGGUGCAGGUGAUCAUCAACACCACCCACCUGGAGCAGAGUUGCCACUUCCUGGAGGAGUUCAUAACCAACAUAACAAACGUCCCGCCUGAAACGGCCAACGCCACCAAACUGUACGGGACCGCAACGUUUAAGGACGCCCGCCAUGCGGCCGAGGCGGAGAUCUACACCAGCCUGAAUGCCAAGAUCGACCAGUUUCUGCAGCUGGCGGAUUACGACUGGAUGUCUGCGGCGCAGAGCAGCGGCGGUCUGACGACCAGCGACUACCUGGUCGACCUCAUCACGUUUUUGAGGAGCACGUUCAGCGUCUUCACCAACCUGCCGGGGAAAGUCGCCCAGACGGCCUGCAUGUCGGCCUGCAAGCACAUCUCCACCUCCCUGAUGCAGCUGCUGCUCGACCCAGAGGUCCGGCAGAUCUCAAUCGGUGCUCUGCACCAGCUCAACGUCGACCUCAAGGAGUGCGAGAGUUUUGCCAGAGCCGGCCCGGUCGCAGGCUUCCAGGGUGACACGUUGCUUCUGGCCUUCAGUGACUUGAGACAAUUACUGGAUCUUUUCACCCAGUGGGAUUGGUCCACUUACCUGGCCGACUACGGGAAAUCCACCUGCAAAUACCUGCGAGUCAACCCACACACUGCGCUGGCCCUGCUGGAGAAGAUGAAGGAGACGAGCAGGAAGAAUGUCGUUCUCGCCCAGUUCAAGAAGGCAGACAGAGACCGACAGAAGCUCAUCGACACCGUCAUCAAACAGCUACGCAACCUCAUCGCGCAGCAUCACGCCUAAACGGAGCCUCCUGAUUGGUCAGGAGCGCCUUCCUUCGGCCAAAAAUCAAAACUAGCAUGACGUUUUGGCUUUCAUUUCCAUCCGAUCUCCUGCUCCAUAGUUGCUAACACAGCUGCCGUCUGCUAGCAAAUCCUCGUAGAAAGCUGCUGAGCCUUUAUUUUGGUCGAGAAGCAGCAGAUUUAUGAGCCAAAUCUAAAGGUGCUGCUCCUGAACUUCGUCCAUGCUGUCAGGUUUGACUUAUUUCUCCAUAUGGUGCCAGAUGUACGGAAGUCCUGAAAGGCCAAAUGAGAAAAUAAAACAUUUUCAAAGUCUGUCCAAAUUUUUGACUUCUCUCAACUUCAGAAGUCAAGAGAAAAGUAAAACAAAGAUUUUUUUUCAUCAUGGAUUGUUUUUGGUCAAAUUGGAGAAAAAAAAAUUUCAAUUGACAAUAUUUCAUUCUAGAUUGUUUGUUGUACUUUUACAACUUUUAAGGUCAAUAAAAAAACAAAAAAUUUGGUCAGACGUUGUAAAAAAACAAUUCUCAUUUGGCCUUUCAGGACUUCCACAUGAGCCCAGUGAUCCAUGAACGCCAAACUUAGCCUGAGACGCUUCCAUGUUUCCGACCGAACAGCUCGGUCUAAGAAGCGACUUUUAUCGUCUUCCACUUCGCUCGUCUUCGUUUCUUGUAGCACAACGAUGAAGCAAGUUGAAUGUACGUCUGAGAGAUUAUUCCGCCGUUUGUGAUGUCAUAUUAGGUUGCUGAGAAGCACUGAGAUAAAGUCUAAAAAAGACACAGUAAAUACAGAAUGUUACUGCAAUAUUUUCUUAAAGGGAUACAGUCUUAUUAAAUAAAAAAAAAGACACCCACUGGUUGUUGGUUCAAAAUGUACAAAUGGUCUAACAUUCAAAUGCAGACAUCACUUUAAAAAAAAAACACAAAUGGAACCAAAAUGGAAACGUUUUGUGAAACUAAGUGCACCUUUGGGUGUGUUUUCUUUUUAACACGACUGUAGUUUGGGUUCUGCGAAGUGGGGUUCAGUAAAAAGCCUAGAAACAUUAGUUUAAUGGGGGGGGAAAUCUAAAUUUAAGGAAUAUUUGGGUUCUGUGGCCUAAAUAUGAGCAGUCACUAUCUUACCAGAUUCAGUCUCAGUAAUCCUUGUUUGGAAAACACUUCCUAGUUUAUGGAAUAUUAGCAAAUGUGUGGCGCAAUUAUCAGCACUCAACAUCUCAUCUUGACUGAACAACAACCUAAUUUUGGAGAUAUUAGAGAUUUAUUCAAAAGCGGGGUUCUGUGGAGCAAUCAUGAGCUGUCAGUAUCACACCCAAGUAGAAUUCAACCAUUUUAAAAUUAAAAUAAAAAAUCUUGACACUGUUGUCAUUUUAGCAUUAACGGGUCAUUGACAUAGCAGCAAAAGGUACA